AUGGCGCACAAGGAGAAAGAGGCCGAGGAACAGGCCGAAGAGGAGAACAACGCUUCUCUCGAGGAACCAGAGCCAGUCGCUGAUGCCGACCUCGAAGGUCAAGGGGAGAAGGAUACGAAGCCAGAGCACAAGGAGCCAAACGAAGAUUCUGCACAUGCUGGCCAGAAGCGCAAGGAUCCGCCAACUGAUUCCUCCCAGUCUGAAGCAGACACCAAGGUGCCACGACAAGGUCCACCUCGCAACACCGAGACCGCGGCUUCGCCAAAACAACUCCUCAAAUUCCUUCUCUCCGGCCCAGCGAUGCCCUAUUGUUUUCCCGCGGACGAACUCGACGACGCCAGGAGGACGUCCAAGGGGUACAAGUCCUAUUCUCUGACGUCCCCAGCAAGUUUCACGCCCUUUGAGCACCUACUUUGCGCACACAUGCUCUCCAAGCCCCUCUCCCACACUCUGGGCAUGAGAAGCAUCCGCACCCUGCUCAACGAACCCUUCAGCCUGGACACGCCCGAGGCCAUCAUCUCGGCCGGGGAGCAGGGGGUGUGGAACGCCCUCGAAGCAGCGCGGACGCAACACCGCCAGAAGACUGCGUCGUACGUCUUCCGCACCGCAGAGCUCUACAGCGACUCCGAGACCAUGUUCCAGCUCGCCGAGGAGGCGAACGAUGGCGGGCCGCACGGGGUCAUUGAGCACAUCAAGUCCACGGUGCCCGGCCUGGCCGUCACGGGCGGCGAAAUCUUCUGUCGCAGGAUCCAGUGCGUGGACGGGUGGGGCGGUGCCGUGUGGCCGUAUGCGGACUCAAAGGCCCUCGACGCGGUCAGAAAGGUGGGUAUCCCCGUCGACGACGCAGAGCAGUUGCGGGCCAUGAUCGUCGACGAGGUUCACCGGAACAAACGGCUCGGAGACAUGGGGUUGCACGAAAGGAAACUGAACGAGGAACAGCUCGUCGAGGAGCAGGCCAACGCGCAGAUCCAGGUAGCGUUUGUGGUGGCAUUGGAGAGAGCAUUGGGUUGCGUGCUCGAGGGCAAAGUAGCAGAGCUACAAGUAGCGGCGGCGGCAGCGAAUGCUGUUGUUGCAUAA